AUGUCGCUAAAUCGUACGCUCUUGUAUCCCGUGCCAGAAGGCCAAAAUCCAACGUCACACCAAAUCGCCACUAGAGAGUACACCGCCAGCGACACCCGUUUCGAACACAUAAAUAUCGACAUAGUCGGCCCGCUGCCUUCAUCGAACGGAUACCGAUACUGCCUCACGUGUAUCGAUCGAUUCUCACGAUGGCCCGCAGCAAUUCCUUUAGUAGACUUCACAGCAAAAUCUGUAGCCAACGCACUGAUAUCGGGCUGGUUCGCUCAGUACGGUAUUCCUCUUCACAUCACAACCGAUCUGGCACCUGCGGACGACGGCGUACCACCCACAAGCCAAUGGUAUGAUCGAACGCUGGCACAGAACGUUAAAGCUGCUUUAAAAUGCGUCGAUCCAAUCAACUGGAGUAGUUCCCUGCAUCUAAUCCUACUCGGCCUACGCACAACAAUCAAAAGCGACAUCGGGCUGAGCCCUGCGGAAAUGGUUUAUGGCACCACACUACGGGUGCCAGGCGGAUUUUUUGCACCGAGCACACAAAACACACUGAGUCCGAGUUCACCGAGUCUCUUCAAAAACCAUGUCUCAACUGCCAACCACUAA